AGAGGGAAAACAGGAAGCUUAUUUCAGUCUUCAUUUUGUUAGACAGGGAGGAGAGAGGCAAAAUAAAUAAAAAAGGAGAAACAAAACAACGCAGCCUGCUGAUCUGAAUCAGAAGCCCAACCUGGAUUCCUCUGGUCUGUUGUGUUCCAGACUCCUGAGACAGGGGGUGCUGUGUCUGACAUGAGUCUCCCUGGAGGGCCUGAGGCUGGUGCUGGAACCAUCAGCCAUGAUAAUAAGAGGGUCCGGGAGGAGAGAGCAGGGUCACCUGUACCCAGCUGUCUGUCAAUGAAAAGCGAACGUUCAAUGGAGAAGCCACUGCAUUUCAGACAAGAGCCUACAGGUGAAACAAGGGUCCAGGAGGAGAGAGCAGGGUCACCUGUACCCAGCUGUCUGUCAAUGAAAAGCGAACGGUCAAUUGAGAAUCCACUGCAUUUCAGACAAGAGCCUAUAGGUGAAACAAGGGUCCGGGAGGAGAGAGCAGGGUCACCUGUACCCAGCUGUCUGUCAAUGAAAAGCGAACGGUCAAUUGAGAAUCCACUGCAUUUCAGACAAGAGCCUACAGGUGAAACAAGGGUCCAAGGAUCAGCAGGGUCGAGAAAUUUCUUAGAGGAGAGAGACCACUUGAUGGAUUUAACUCUUACAAAGAGGAUGGAUCUUGUUGCAGACUCACUGGAGAACGAUGACCAGAACAAUGAAUCAAUUUUAAGAGACCAACAAAAAUUGAAAACUGACCUGAAGAGGAAGGUUGAAUGCAUAUUUGGAUAUUUAGCAAAGCAGGGACACCCAGCCCUCCUCAAUGAGAUCUACACAGAGCUCUACAUCACAGAAGGGGGAAGUGGGGGCAUCAAUAAUGAACAUGAAGUGAGGCAGAUAGAGACGGCAUUCAAGAGACAAACAACACAGGAGAUCGCAAUCGUUUGCAACAACAUCUUUAAACCUUUACCUGGUCAAAACAAGUCUAUCAAAACUGUGCUGACAAAGGGGAUUGCUGGCAUUGGAAAAACAGUUUCUGUGCAGAAGUUCAUUCUGGACUGGGCAGAAGAAAUAGCCAAUCAGGAUAUUCAUUUCAUCUUCCCUCUUCCUUUUCGAGAUCUGAAUUUGAAGAAGGGGAGAGAAUUCAGUCUAAUGCAACUUCUCCAGCUCUACUUUCCAGAACUUAAAAAGAUUGAAUGUGUCGAAUGUGAUGAGGUCAAAGUUUUGUUCAUCUUUGAUGGUCUGGAUGAGUGUCGGCUUCCUCUAGAUUUCCAGAACAAUGAGAUCUGGUAUGAUGUAACAAAGCCAACAACAGUAGAUGUGCUGCUGACAAACCUCAUUAAGGGGAAUCUGCUUCCCUCUGCUCUCAUCUGGAUCACCUCCCGACCAGCUGCAGCUAAUCAGAUUCCUCCUGAGUGUGUCCACCGGGUGACAGAGGUACGAGGGUUCAAUGACCCUCAGAAGGAGGAGUACUUCAGGAAGAGAAUCAAUGAUCAGAACCUGGCCAAUGGAAUUAUCUCGCACAUAAAGUCAUCAAGGAGUCUCUACAUCAUGUGUCACAUUCCAGUCUUCUGUUGGAUUUCUGCUGCUGUUCUGGAGAAGUUGAUGGGUGAAGCAGACAGUAGAGAAAUCCCCAAAACUCUGACUCAAAUGUACACACACUUCCUGCUCAUUCAGACUAAUGCGAAGAAUCAGAAGUAUCAUGGAACCAAUGAAACAAACCCAAAGAUGAUGUCGGUGUCAGAUACAGAAAUCAUCAUGAAACUGGGGCAACUGGCUUUUCAACAGCUCGAAGAGGGGAAUCUGAUAUUCUAUGAGGAGGACUUGAGAGGUUGUGGCAUUGAUGCUAGUGAAGCUUCAGUGUACUCUGGGGUGUGCACAGAAAUCUUUAAAGAGGAGUCUGGGUUGCAUCAGGAGAAAGUCUACUGCUUUGUGCAUCUCAGCAUUCAGGAGUAUCUGGCUGCCUUGUUUGUGUUUCAUUCAUUUUUAACUGAGAACAGAAAUAUACUCAAACCAGAUCAAUCAAAAUCUCAGAGUGACAGAAUCCAGCUGUUUGAGUUACACAGGUGUGCAGUGGAUCAAGCCUUACAGAGCAAGAAUGGACACCUGAUCCUUUUCCUCCGAUUCCUUCUUGGCCUCUCAUUGGACUCAAAUCUGCAAGACCUUCUGAAUUGGACAGAAAGCAGAUUAGGGAAUAUUGAUGAAACAGUAGAGUACAUUAAGGGGAAGAUCAGACAGAAGCCGUCAGCAGAGAGGACCAUCAAUCUCUUCCACUGUCUGAGUGAACUGAAUCGCAAUGCUUUAGUAGAGGAAAUCCAAACUUCCCAGAGAUCAGGAACCCUUUCUGAUAAAAAGCUGGAACCAGACCAAUGUUCAGCUCUGGCAUUUGUGUUGCUGAUGUCAGAGGAGGUCCUGGAUGUGUUUGAAUUGAAGAAGUACAACACAUCAACAGCAGGUUAUCAAAGACUGGUACCAGUAGUCCAGAAUUGUAGGAAGGCCAUGCUGGACAGUAUUGAUCUCACAGAGGAGUCAUGUGACACUGUGGCCUCCGCUCUCCAGUCAGUCACCUCACACCUGAUAGAGUUAGACCUCAGCUACAAUAACCUGGGAGACUCAGGAGUGAAGCGGCUCUGUGCUGGACUGAAGAGCCCAAACUGUAAACUGCAGAGACUGAGACUGGACAGCUGUAACCUGACAGAGAUGUCAUGUGACCCUGUGGCCUCCGCUCUCCAGUCAGUCCCCUCACACCUGAUAGAGUUAGACCUCAGCUACAAUAACCUGGGAGAUUCAGGAGUGGAGCAGCUCUGUGCUGCACUGAGGAGUCCAAACUGUAAACUACAAAGACUGAGGCUGUCAGGCUGUCGAAUCACAGAAAGAGGCUGUACUUCUCUGGCUUCAGCUCUGCAUUCAAACUCUUCACACCUGAGAGAGCUGGAUCUGAGCUACAAUCACCCAGGAGACUCAGGAGUAAGAGCACUCUCUGCUGGACUGAAGGACUCCAGCUCUAAAAUGGAAACGCUGGUUUUGAUGGACUGUAAUCUCACAGAGGGCUGCUGUGAUACUCUGGCCUCAGUCCUGUGUUCACCCAACGCAGAGCUGAGAUUUCUGGAGCUCAGAGACAAUGAUCUGCAGGAUUCAGGAGUGAGAGCGCUCUCUGCUGGACUGGAGGACCCACACUGUAAACUGCAGAGACUGGGGCUGUCAGGGUGUCGAGUUACAGAGAGAGGCUGUGCUUUUCUGGCUUCAGCUCUGCAAUCAAACCUCUCACACCUGAGAGAGCUGGAUCUGAGCUACAAUCACCCAGGGGACUCAGGAUUGAGAGUGCUCUCAGCACUACAGGAGGACCCCAGCUGUAAACUGCAGACGCUGCUUGUGGACCAUGGAGGAGAGAACAGGAACAAACCAGGACUAAGGAAAUAUGCCUGUCAGCUCACACUGGACCCUAAUACAGUCCACAGAGAGCUGUCUCUGUCUGAGGGGGACAGGAAGGUGACAGACACACACGACCAGCCAUAUCCUGAUCACCCUGAGAGAUUUGACUCUGUGUACCAGGUGCUGUGCAGAGAGGGUCUGUCUGGGACUCGCUGUUACUGGGAGGCUGAGUGGAAGAAAGAGGGUGUUUCUGUAGCAGUGACAUAUAAAGGAAUCAGCAGGAAAGGAGCGAGUGAUGACUGUAAGCUUGGAGGGAAUGUAAACUCCUGGAAUCUGCGCUGCUUUUCUGACCGUUACCAUGUCUGUUACAAUAAGAAAAGAACAGACAUACCCGCACCCCCCUCCCCCUCUUGCAGAGUAGGAGUGUAUCUGGACUGGCCGGCUGGCACUCUGUCCUUCUACAGCGUUUCCUGUGACGCACUGACCAUCCUGCACAGAUUCCACACCACCUUCACUCAACCCGUCUAUCCUGGGGUUGGGCUUUGGAACAAGAAAAACUCAGUGUCCCUUUGCCAGUUGGAGUAGACUCUUAUACCUCACACACACACAUACAAAUAUGCACACACGAACACUCAACUCAUUACUCACUGUAAC